CUCCUUUGGGGGCGUGACAAUUAGUGGUAUCAGAGCAGGGUUUGCGAUGCUUGUUUUUCGUGUUUUGGAUUUUUGGAGGUUUACGUUAUUUUGUGCUUUGGAUUUUGAGGUUACGUCGUCUAUCUCUCGGGUCUUGGAAUUCCAAGGAUUUCGAGGAUUAUGAGGUUUUUCGAGGUUUACGGGAUUUACGACGUUUACGAGAUUUACGAGGUGUAUACUUGGAAUUUAUAUUUUUCCGAUGUGACUAUUCGGAUAUUGGGACCAGGCAGCGGCAAGAUAUCUCCAAGCAAUAGGAUGUAAGUUACCUUACUGUUAGAUUAUUAUUCUAUAGCCUUACAUUGUUGUUGGUAUCAGGAAUGAAGCAUAGAGAGACCGCCCCUAGUCAGCGACGUGGUCCAGGACGACCACGGAAGCGACCUGCCGAGUCAGUGGAGUCUGAGCCAGUGGAGCAGGAUGCAGAUUCUUUCAGGAGUCCUGCAGAGGUUGAGAUUGAUAGUCGGGGACAGACCCCCCAGGUUCCUAUGAGAGCUCCGGGUUUUCAGCCUCAGGCGGUUUCCCCUAUAUUACCACCAGUGGUCCCUACCCCUGCUGCUACUCCUUGGGUAAGGGAUAGAGCUCAUAUCCCUCUAUUAGCUCGGUCGGUAAAGGACCGAUUUACCUUAUUCCAUGGAGUUCCCGACCCGACUGUUGCUCGUUCUUGGUUGGGAAAUGUGGAGGAUACUUUCGAGUAUUUGUCGUGUACCGAAGAAGAAAAGGCUGACUUAGCUGCGUACCACCUAAGAGAUCAGGCUGUUACUUGGUGGAAGAUGCAGAAGACACUUUUUGGAGACCAGAGUAUCACCUGGACUUUAUUCCGAGAUGCAUUCGAGAGACAGUAUUUCCCAGCUCCUUAUCGUAUGGCCCGUCGACAAGAAUUCUUACAGCUGAAGCAGGGCGAUCGGUCGGUGAUGGAAUAUGAUGCAGAAUUUAACCGAUUAGCUGAGUAUUGCCUACAUCUUGUGGCCCAGGAGAGCGAUCGGUUAGAUCAGUUCACUCAGGGCCUUGCCGCUUAUAUCCGUAUCAGAAUGUCUGGCUUUACUCCUAUUACUUACCGGGAGGUGUUAGAUAGAGCUUUGAUGAUUGAGAUGACACAGCAGCAAGUUUCCCAGGAACGGGGAAAAGAGAAACAAAAGGCUCAAAGUGCAACUUCAAAUCAGAGGUCACAGAAUCAGGGUCAAAAAAGGCGAACUAAAGGGCAUAGGUUACAGACUACUUCGGGAGAGUCUCAUCGAAUUCCGAAGACAGCACGAUCAUCAGCUGAUUCCUCUCGUCCCUCCCAUCAGUACUGGAAGGAUCAAUCUAGUGGACUUGUAUGUUUUCAGUGUGGUGUUGAUGGUCACUCUAAGACCAAUUGUCCACUGGGUCAAAAGGUAUGCUACUAUUGCAAGCUUCCGGGGCAUGUGAGCCGCGAUUGUACUCUGAAAGCACAGAUGGAAGCUGCCAAGGUUGCUACGCAAGGGAGUCAUAGCAGUUAGACUCGACGACAGAAGGGAUCACAGAAGGCACAGGGUAGUCCACUUCAGCAGCAUAUACCACCUUCUCAGGCACAAGUAUACCAUAUUCAGAGUCAGCAGUACCCAGUAGUACCAGUGACUAUGCAGUAUUCUACCUCGGUUCCAUCACAUCAGACGCAUCAGGUGCACCCGUAUUUGCCAGCACCACCUAGCUCUUGUCCCGUGAUACAGCCCCAGCAGUAUACUACUACUCACCAGCCGCAGCAGUAUGCUACCACGCACCAGCCUCCGCAGUUCACUACUACCCCACCAGUACAGUUGCAGACCACUACUGGGUAUCGCCAUCGUGCCCGGAAGUAGGACGAGUUUAUGCUGUUACUCGCGAGGAGGCACAGCGGGCCGAGGGAUCGGUCUUUCGCGGACCUUGAUCGGCGGCGUGCUGCGUGACGUGGUGGUUCUGUUGAUUGCGGGAUAUAUCGAGGC